CCGGAUCUUCUAGGGAUGGCGACGCUUGGAACCACAAUAUGUCUGGGGUCUAUAUCUCUCAUUGUCUUCAUCCUGCGACUAUGGGCACGGCACAAGACGCGAGCGACAGGAAUAGAUGACUAUCUUAUGGGUGUCGGCGUGGCAAUCUACCUGCCAUGCUACGUCUUCACGUCAAUCGUGGUGUAUGCAGGAAUGGGUACAACAGACUCUCGUUUGCAAGAGUGGAAUUCGGUGGCUGGAAUCAAAUGGCUCGUAUUUUUCCAAAUCACUUACGCAUGGAGCCUUCCGUUCAUCAAAGCCAGCAUCUGCUUCACGGUCUUCCGCAUCAUGAAUCGAAGAAGAUAUCGAACCAUCCUUUGGGCAGUCAUGAUUGCAUCGGGGCUUAGCACCACAGUCGGCUUCAUCGCCGUGAUUGCGGUAUGGCGCCCAGUCGAGUACACUUGGGAUAAGUCCGUGGAUGGACAGUGCGCACCUCAAAACAUCAUCACUACAAUCAGCUACAUGAUCUCGGUUCUAGCUAUUGUCACCGACUGGACUUGUGCAAUCGUCCCAACCGUUGUUGUAUGGGGCCUGCAGAUGAAGUCUAGGGUGAAGGUUUCUGUUUGCGCUGUGCUUGCACUAGGUGCGAUUGCAAGCGCCGCCACGAUUGUCCGACUGCCAUACCUGCAAUACUACAACCAAGUUGAGAACUACUUGCACAACAUCGCAAACAUUGUUCUUUAGUCGAUUCUCGAAUGCGGCAUCGGCAUCAUCGCUGGCUCCAACUUCCCUCUCGCCUAAUUUUUCUUGGCAUCUACUAUUAGUGCAAUAGAUAGGCUACUACUAAUAUCCUUAACAGCUAAAAACCCUUUACCUCUCCUCCGGCGCCCUCCCGCGAUGGCCUUAUAGCCUCUGGCGGGCUCUGGACUAUUGU